UUUGCAUAUAAGGGCAUGAAUGAAGCUGAAGGACUCAUUCCUUGCUUCUCACAGUCAACAGGAGAAGAGCUCAGGUUGGCUUGGAAGCAGAAAGAGAUUCCCUGUCCGCCAUCCGAUCCAGGCUCCAAAAUGAUCCAAGCUCUCUUGGCAACUAUAUGCGUAGUGGUUUUUCCAUAUCAAGGGAGCUCAACAAUCCUGGAAUCCGGGAAAGUUAAAGAUUAUGAAGUAGUAUAUCCACAAAAACUCCUUCCACUGCCCAAAAGAGGAAUUGAGCGGCGUGAGGAAAAGACCAAAUAUGAAGAUACCAUGAAAUAUGAAUUUCAAGUGAAUGGAGAGCCAGUGGUCCUUAAUCUAGAAAAAAAUAAACGACUUUUUUCCAAUGAUUACAGCGAAACUCAUUAUUCCCCUGAUGGCAGAGAAAUUACAACAAACCCUCCGGUUCAGGAUCACUGCUAUUAUCAUGGACACAUCCAGAAUGAUAUUGACUCAACUGCAGUCAUCAACGCAUGCGACGGCUUGAAUGGAUAUUUCAAGAAUAAUGGUGAGAUGUACAUUAUUGAACCCUUGAAGCCUUCUGACAAUGAAGCACAUGCGGUCUUCAAAUAUGAAAGUCUGGAAAAAGAGGAUGAGAUCCCUAAAGCCUGUGGAGCAAUCCAUUCUUCUGGGAAAUCAGAUGAGCCUAUCCAAAAGACCGCAAAGAUAUUUUCUACUCCAGAAGAAAAAGAAAAAUACUUGGAGGCUGAAAAAUAUGUUGAGCUUUACAUGGUUGCAGACAAUUUAAUUUACAGGAAGUACAGCCACAACAUUACUAAUGUAAGGACGAGAGUAUCUGAAAUUCUCAACUAUGCAAAUGCGUACUAUAAAGAUCUGAAUAUUCAUGUAGUAUUGAUUGGAUUAGAAAUCUGGUCUGAUGAAGAUAAGAUUGAGAUCAAUGGAUCAUCAGAACCCACUUUGAAAGCCUUUGCAGCAUGGAGACAUUCAGAUCUACUGAAGCGCAAAAGGAAUGAUAAUGCUCACUUACUCACGGGUAUUCACUUUGAUGGAGGAGUCUUAGGAAUAGCUUACAUAAGCGGCAUGUGCAAUUCUCUCCUAUCUGUAGGAAUUUCUCAGGAUAACCACAACCAGGAACGUUACAUUGCAGCUAUAGUGACCCAUGAGAUGGGUCAUAAUCUUGGCAUGGAUCAUGAUGCAGCUUCCUGUACUUGCAACAAAGAACCAUGUAUUAUGGAGCCCUCAGUAAAUUUUAACCCUCCUAAUGAGUUCAGCUCCUGCAGUUUCUGGUAUUACCAGAAUUAUGUCAUGACUGAAACUGCACAGUGCAUUCUCAACGACCCCUUGACUACAGAUAUUGUUCCAACUGCAGUUUGUGGAAAUGGUUUUGUGGAAGAGGAAGAAGAAUGUGACUGUGGCCCUCCAGAGAUAUGUAAAAAUGAGUGCUGCGAAGCUGCAAUUUGUAAACUGAAACCUGAGGCAGAGUGUGCAGUUGGGGAAUGUUGUGAGGAAUGCCAGUUUAAGAAAGCAGGAGAACUAUGCCGGGCAGCAAAGGAUGACUGUGACAUGCCUGAACUCUGCACUGGCCAAUCUGCUGUGUGUCCCUACAAUCACUUCCAUACGGAUGGGCACCCAUGCCAAAACAACUUGGGUUACUGCUUCAAGGGAACAUGUCCCACCUUAGCAAGCCAAUGUAUUGCUCUCUGGGGACCAGGUGCAGAAGUGGCUUCAGAUGAAUGUUUUAUGAAUAACCAGAAAGGGAGCGAUUAUGCCUACUGUAGAAAGGAAAACGGCACAAACAUUCCAUGUGAACCAGAGGAUGUUAAAUGUGGCCGGUUAUACUGCACAGAUGAUUCAACUGAAGAGAAUUCAUGCAAAUACCGAUUUUCAAAAGAAAAUGCAGAUUUUGGAAUGGUUGAAACUGGAACAAAGUGUGGAGAAGAAAUGGUCUGCGGCUUCGGGCACUGUAUGGACCUAGAAAAAGCCUUUGGACCAGCUAUUAGCUUCUCUCAAAUGUGAUUUUGGAGAUCCUCUUUCCAGAAAGCUUGACUUCCCUCAAGCCCAAAGAGACCCAUCUCUCUUCAUCGUACUAGUAAAUCUUUAUUAACUUCUAGAUGGCAUCUAAAAUCUGCAAUAUUUCUUCUCCACAUUUAAUCUGACUACUUUUUGAUGUAAUUACCUUUUUCCGGCCACAAAGCUCAAUGUGUACAACACCAAAGGAAUAUGAGCUGUCAAGAAAAAAUAUUGACUGUUUUACUUUUGUCAAUGGCAAAACACAUUUUAAUGCAACAGGUUUUACUUUUGGAGCUGGCAUAUUCAAAGGCAAUGCAUUCUGUUCCAAAAAUUUCCCUCUGAUAAUCAAAGAUGUAGCUGCUUCCAUCAAUAAACAAAUCUAAUUCUGCAUUUAGUAAA